AACAGGAAAAAUGAAAAUUUGUCACGUGCAAUCCUCGUGUCCUAAUCCAGCCGCCACUGUUCAUGCUCUUCUCCUCCGCCCGCAACGCAACCGAAACCUUCUCCUCCUCCGCCGCCGCCACCACCCCACCACCGCUGCUCGCCGGCGCGAUUUUGCACACUCGUCAUACCGGAGUGCUCGCUCGCUCGCUCGCGGUAGGGAUAACCCGGCCGGGUUAGGAUUCCGCCAUCCAAGGGGGUGGGGGAGGGGUGUGCUUGAGGCGCGUGGCUUCGGUUUUUCGUGAGAGGAAAAUCCACGGCCUCGCCGUGAUCCCGGCGGGGAUUCGUGGUCUCUGAGGCACUGGUAGAGUGGUAGGUAGGUAGGUAGGUAGGUAGGUAGCUGCUGCGCGUGGGAGGGGGGGAGACUCCAUUAAUCUCGCGCGUCUAGGGUUUGUUUGUGUGUUUGUUUGGGUGGGUUCCGUGGUGGUUUCAAUGGCGGGAUCUUUCGUCGCGGUCAGGGGGAAGCCUCGGUCGUCCCCGAAGCGGAGCGGCGGCGGCGGCGGCGCGGAUCCGCCCUUGUCUCUGGCCAUGCCGACCGUCGCCGAUCUCCACAAGACGGCUGAGUUGGAGAAGUUCUUGGUUGAAGCCGGCCUUUAUGAAGGGGAGGAGGAGUCCGCGAAACGGGAGGAGGUUCUUCGGGAGAUUGAUCAGAUAGUCAAGGAAUGGGUGAAGAAGGUCACUAUUCAGAAAGGAUAUAGUGAGCAAAUGGUUAAAGAGGCAAAUGCAGUCCUUUUCACUUUUGGAUCUUACAGACUGGGGGUUCAUGGGCCUGGAGCAGACAUUGAUGCACUAUGUAUUGGACCCUCAUAUGUGAAACGAGAGGAGGAAUUUUUUGUCAUGCUAUAUGGCGCAUUAUCAGAAAUGGAAGAAGUGACUGAACUGCAACCUGUACCUGAUGCUCAUGUACCAGUUAUGAAAUUCAAGUUUCGUGGGCUACCAAUUGACCUUCUCUAUGCCAGUGUAUCUCUUCCAGUAAUACCACCAGAUUUUGACAUCUCUCAAGGAUCUGUACUUUGUGAUGUUGAUGAAGCAACUGUUCGAAGUCUCAAUGGGUGCAGGGUGGCAGACCAGAUUCUUCGACUUGUUCCAAAUGCGGAGAUCUUCCGGAAAACACUCAGAUGUUUGAAGUACUGGGCACAGAGAAGAGGAGUUUAUUCUAAUGUUACUGGUUUGCUGGGGGGUGUCAGCUGGGCCCUAUUGGUUGCUCGUGUCUGCCAACUUUAUCCCAAUGCUGUGCCAAGUAUGCUGGUUUCAAGAUUCUUCAGAGUUUUCACCCAGUGGCAGUGGCCAAAUCCUGUGAUGCUUUGUGCCAUUGAGAACGAUGAUAACCUUGGCUUUGCUGUGUGGGAUCCACGUAAGAAUCCUCGUGAUAGAUCACAUGUUAUGCCUAUCAUCACGCCAGCAUAUCCAUGCAUGAACUCUAGUUACAAUGUUUCAACUAGCACAUUGAGGGUUAUUAUGGAGCAAUUUCAGUUUGGUAAUAAGAUUUGUCAGGAAAUUGAGCUUAACAAGGCUAGCUGGAGUUCUUUGUUUGAGCCUUUCCAAUUUUUCGAGGCAUAUACAAGAUAUCUAGUGGUUGACAUUGUUGCAGAUGAUGAUGAUGAUCUUCGGCUUUGGAAGGGAUGGAUUGAAUCUCGAUUGAGACAGCUGACUCUAAAGAUUGAGCGGGACACUAAAGGGAUGCUGCAAUGCCAUCCUAACCCAUGUGAAUAUGCAGAUCCUUCAAUACAGUGUGCUCACUGUGCCUUCUACAUGGGCUUAUCAAGGAAAGAGGGAAUGAAAAUACGUGGUCAAAAAUUUGAUAUCCGUGGAACAGUAGACGAGUUUAUGCAUGAAAUUGGAAUGUAUACACAGUGGAAAUCCGGGAUGGAUCUAGCUGUCACUCAUGUCCGUAAGAAGGAGAUCCCCCUUUAUGUAUUUGAACAGGGCUGCCAGAAAACUCGUCCACCAACGCCAAUAUGUGCAGAGCAGCAAGACCAGUCUGAUAAAAAUGACUCUGAAGUUUGCACAACGACAGCAUCUCUGGUGGGUCAGCUCAAGCGAAAGUAUCAUUCUGUUGGAGGUGCUGACGUUGACUCAUUCAAAUCUGUUAGAAGGGCUUCAGUUAGCCCGGCUUGUGAGGAAGCAUCAAUUCAGUUGCAUGAUGAUGCAAAUUUUGGACUGACUAAUUGCUCCACUUCACCACAUGGAUCUGAGGGGUCCACUGUAUCAGGCAACAGCUGUGCAGCAGUUGGCACUAUUGGUUUGGUUGAUGAAACUAGCUGACCUGGCUGCUUGAUGCCCAAUGUUGAAAAUGAUCCAAUUCAAACAAUUUUAGAGCAGGCGCCUUCAGAAAGUGUGGUUGAGAAGGAUGAAAGAAAACUAGAAGGAAUUGAAAGCUUGGCAAGUAGCAACUGUACUGAAUUCAUGGAGGUUGCAGAAGUGGUCGCUGGGACGAUCCUUACUGAGAAUGGUGAUAUACGCUUAAGUGGACAUGAAGUGAUCUGAAUUGGCCUUCCAGAUGGAGGUUUUGCUUUCUGUGCACUCACUCUGUACUGUGCUUAUCCUUUCAUUUCGUUCUGCUUAAAUUGACUGACCUAUAAAUAUGAAUAUGGUGUUGGAUUGGUUUGCAAAGAUCUUUUCAGGUGUGGAACCGGAUGCAUCCCAGGUUUGAAAGCAUUCUUGAGAUUUUGUCAGGAGACGGAGACUUGAACAGAUGGCGCCCAAAUCUUCAUCAAAUCAUACGCUGAAAGAAAAAAAAGGAUGCCUUUCGGUUGCUUUCAGGAUAAGAGAAGCUCUGGGAUUGAGAAACCAUGGAAGCUCAAAUAUGAAGUUCUUAGGCUAGGCUCUGGAGUUAUGGACUUGUGGUUGUGGGAGGACUGAGGAGACUGAGCGAGCACCAGUGUAUCAGUUAAGGUAGUGCCUUUCCUUGGCUGCUAGUUAGGUCUAGGUCAGUAUAUUUGGUAGUUUUAAAAGAAAAAGAAAUAGAAUGCCAUUAUUCUUGGCUAUCCAUUUUCACUGUGUCCACUUUCCUAUACUUGUUUCAGAUUCGUUGAUGAAGUACUGGUGGUACUUCACAGGGUUUGUGAAAGAUUGAUGGGAAAAAGUGAUAUCUAAUUUUGAAUGAAGGUUGUUUUCAUCCUGGAUUCUA